AUGACAAUCCGCAUCCUCGUCAACGCGGCGCUGCUGGCCAUCCCAAUCGCCGUCACUUUGGGCAUCUUGUUCGGCCUCCAAUCCCACCGAGCAGCAACUGGCCAGCCGCCUCUGUUUGCGCCUGAGCCUCCCCCGAUUCCAUCUCCCAAGCCGCCGGCACCACCAAAGAAUGGUGUCACCAAAACGAGAUACUGCCAGAAAUCGUUUGGAAUUACGCCUGACACAGAAGGCCAGCAAUAUACCUUGAACCCCAAUCAAUGGAACUGGAACCCGGGUGACCCGGGAGCGCUUUGUGUUAAUGUCACCACGUUUAACAACGGCACAUAUGCCACAAAGACCACGGCUCCCCAGUUUAUGAUUUCUUGGCAGUACCCCCCUGGACCGGAGGAUGACCCAGUUCACGCUUUCCCCAACAUCCAGGUCGACAACGAUGUAUUCCCUGCGGCUAUUAGCAGUAUCUCCAAGGUCGACGUAGACCUCCAAUGGUCUUACGGUAUUGGUAACGAGACUACUGUUGCCGCGAGUCUCGCCGACCUCACAGCUGAUAACCUCAACACCAACGUUGCCAUCGACAUGUUCAUCGACAGCGACAAGACGGCUGCCCAAAACCCUUCCAAGGCCAAGUACGAACUUAUGGUUUGGUUUGCUGCCAUCGGCCCUGCUACUCAGCCCAUCGGCUUCGCCACAGGUCCUGUUUCCACUCAGACGCUUGAUGGCAAUGACUUCAACCUUUACGCUGGUACCAACCAACAGAAGCAAAACGUCCUGACAUGGUACACGAACACGCCAGUGGAAAAGUUCAACGGAGACAUUUCUCCUCUCAUCAACAGCCUGUUUAAGCUCACCUCUACCACUACCGAGCUUCCAAAGUCUGGCGACUACCUAGGAUACCUGGCUCUAGGCUCUGAGGCCUUUUCCGUGGACAAAACAGUCACCCUCUACGUGCCAAAACUAUCGAUAGAUAUAGAAACAGCUGCCUCAAGUAGCACCUAA